ACUCGUUUGACUCUCCUCCCCUCCCCUUCUUCUCUUCUCCUCUUGCACUCACUCACUCACACACACACACACGCACACACACACACACACACACGCACACCGUCUCCUUCUCAUUGCUGGUGGUGUGCUGCUGCAGACAUGGUCGAGGCUUUCGUUGGCACGUGGGACCUCAAAGCGAGCGAGAACUUUGAUGAGUACAUGAAGCAGCUGGGCGUCGGCUUCGCCACCCGCAAGGUGGGCAACCUGACCAAGCCCACCACCAUCAUCUCCGUGGAAGGAGACACGGUGACGGUGAAGACGCAGAGCACCAUCAAGAACACGGAGCUCUCCUUCAAGCUGGACCAGGAGUUUGACGAAACCACCGCCGACGACAGGAAGGUCAAGUCUAUCGUGACCAUCGACGGCGGCAAGAUGGUGCACAUCCAGCGGUGGGACGGCAAGGAGACCAGCCUGGUCCGAGAGGUCAACGGGAACGCCCUCACGCUGACGCUGACGCUGGGCGAGGUGGUUUGCAAACGCUCCUACGAGAGGGCAGAGUGAAGAAAAGCAUCCGCCAAAGCCAUCAAGUCCCUUCAUACUGGAGGAGGCAGUAUUAGCUUACCUGUGGACCCCGACCCUCUACUGUAAAAACAAAACAAACAAAAAAACACUGAGUAAAUUCCAAAGAAUUGUUUUUUGUUGUUGUUUAAUGCCCAAAAUGUGUGGAAUUGAAUAAAGGUGAUGCCAGAUUGUG